AGCAGCAAGACUACUAGGACUUCCAUUUCUCUAUCCGUCAUACGUACAUGCACGCUUUUACACUCGCUUCUACCUCACAAUGCUCCGAACCACUAUCCUCGCCGCUCUAGCCAGCGCAGCUCUCGCCCGCGACAUCCCCUCCAACGUCCAAGCCUUCUACGAUGCACACCUCAACACAGAAUGCUCAAACGCCGUCUCCGAUAGCUUCUCAUCCGUCGUCUACUGCCAGGACAAUACAAGCAGCGCACUCUUCCUAAAAGGACCAUCUGGCUCUUACGAUAACAUGGACAUCGACUGCGAUGGCGCCAAUGCCUCCGAGGGGCUCUGCGACAAUGACCCAACGGGGCAAUCGAUGACAGCGUUCAUGGAUCAAGUCGCCGAAUUCGGCAUCAGCGAUUUAGACGCCCAUAUCCACCCGUACGUCGUGCUCGGAAAUGACGGCGCAACGCCCAGCUUUGACCCGCAGAGCGUGGGGAUCGAGCCGCUGAGUGUGGUUGCGGUGGUGUGUAACGGCAAGAUGUUUUACGGCAUCUGGGGCGACACCAACGGCGGGACUUCGACGGGCGAGGCAGCUUUGUCUAUGGGCCAGCUCUGCUUCGGCGACGACGCGGUGAAUGGAGACCAAGGCCACGACGAGGCAGACGUGCUCUACAUUGCCUUCCCUGGCAGCGCCGCAGUCCCAGGAAAGGCUGCGGCGUGGAAAGCGAAGAUGAAGGAAGAGUUUGAGGAGUGUCUGGCUACAAUCGGAGACAAGCUCGUUGCUGGUCUAUAGAUAUAAAACUGGAUAAAGUCUAGUAGGUAUACUGCCCCCGCUGCUCUAACGAGGACGGCGGUGACG